GCUGUAUCCACAGGCAGGGGAAGCCCUCAGACAGUCGGUCCAGAGUCUCCGGUGCAGAGCGCCUCUCCCGCCGCUGUCUCCACACCGAGAGGCUCCGAUCACACCUUCACCAGGCUGCUGCAUUCAGUCGUUUCUCCCCUUCUUCCUUUUUUUUUUUUUUUUUUUUGUUUUGUUAAUAAUUUUUAAUUUCGGAUUCUUGCGGGCAUGGCUGAUGUAAGUUUCAACGAGUCGUCCACCGCGGACGUCGCGAACAGGUUCGCUCGGAAAGGCGCUCUGAGGCAAAAGAACGUCCACGAGAUCAAGAACCACAAAUUCAUCGCGCGCUUCUUCAAGCAGCCGACUUUCUGCAGCCACUGCACCGACUUCAUCUGGGGAUUUGGAAAACAAGGAUUCCAGUGCCAAGUUUGCUGUUUUGUGGUCCACAAGAGGUGCCAUGAAUUUGUCACGUUUUCCUGCCCAGGGGCAGAUAAGGGCCCCGACACAGACGAUCCCAGAACGAAGCAUAAGUUCAAGAUCCACACCUAUGGGAGCCCGACCUUCUGCGAUCACUGCGGCUCCCUGCUCUACGGCCUCAUCCACCAGGGCAUGAAGUGUGACUCUUGUGACAUGAAUGUUCACAAGCAGUGUGUCAUGAACGUGCCCAGCCUGUGUGGAACCGAUCACACCGAGAGGAGGGGUCGUCUCUAUCUCAAGUGUGAGGUCAGCGUCGACAAGAUGCAGGUCACAGUGGGUGAAGGCAGAAACCUCAUCCCCAUGGACCCGAACGGCCUGUCUGAUCCUUACGUCAAGCUCAAGCUCAUACCAGACCCCAAGAAUGAGACCAAGCAGAAGACCAAAACCAUCCGCUCCAGCCUCAACCCCAAGUGGAACGAGACGUUUACCUUCAAGCUGAAGCCGACAGAUAAGGACCGCAGGCUGUCAGUAGAAGUGUGGGACUGGGACCGGACCACCAGGAAUGACUUCAUGGGAGCCCUCUCCUUCGGCGUGUCGGAGCUCAUGAAGGCUCCCGUCUGCGGCUGGUAUAAACUGUUGUGCCAGGAGGAAGGAGAGUACUACAAUGUCCCCAUCUCAGAGGAGGACGAUGGCAAUGAGGAGCUGAGGCAGAAAUUUGAGGACUGCCAAAUUAACUUUAAUCUAAAGGACCAAGCAGUUGUGGAAGACUCUGAUCAGAAAGCCAAGCUUGGCCCAGGGAAGAAGGUGAUCACCGAGACGGACGACGCCCACUCCGGUCAGCUGCCGUCCAACAGCCUGGAUCAGGUCAAACUCAGCGACUUCACCUUCCUGGCUGUGCUGGGGAAAGGCAGCUUUGGCAAGGUUAUGCUGGCAGAGAUGAAGACGACUGACGAGCUGUACGCCAUUAAGAUCCUGAAAAAGGACGUGGUGAUCCAGGACGAUGACGUUGAAUGUACCAUGGUGGAGAAGAGAGUCCUGGCCCAGCAGGACAAGCCGCCCUUCCUCACAUUUCUCCACUCGUGCUUCCAGACCGUGGACCGUUUGUACUUUGUCAUGGAGUAUGUGAAUGGUGGAGACCUCAUGUACCACAUCCAACAAGUGGGCAAGUUCAAGGAACCUCAGGCAGUGUUCUAUGCAGCAGAGAUCGCUGUUGGUCUCUUCUUCCUGCACAGUAAAGGAAUCAUUUACAGGGACCUGAAGUUGGACAACGUGAUGCUGGACUGCGAGGGACACAUUAAGAUUGCUGACUUUGGCAUGUGCAAAGAGAACAUGUUGGAAGGAGUGUCCACGCGAACCUUCUGCGGCACUCCCGACUACAUCGCCCCAGAGAUCAUCGCAUAUCAGCCAUAUGGACGCUCUGUCGACUGGUGGGCAUAUGGUGUUCUGCUGUACGAAAUGCUGGCAGGGCAGCCUCCAUUCGACGGUGAGGAUGAAGACGAGCUGUUCCAGUCCAUCAUGGAGCACAACGUGUCCUACCCCAAGUCCCUCUCCAAAGAAGCAGUGUCCAUCUGUAAAGGGCUGAUGACCAAACACCCUUCCAAGCGUCUGGGCUGCGGCCUGGAGGGAGAGCGGGACAUCAGAGAGCACGCCUUCUUCAGACGCAUCGAUUGGGAUCGCCUCCAGAACCGGGAGAUCCAGCCUCCCUUCAAGCCUAAAGUGUGCGGCAAAGGAGCGGAGAACUUCGACAAGUUCUUCACUCGCACGCAGCCUCAGCUCACGCCGCCGGACGAGCUGGUCAUCGCCAACAUCGACCAGGCGGAGUUCGCAGGCUUCUCUUUCAUCAACCCACAGUUUAUCCACCCGUCGCUCUCCAACAGCGUAUGAGAAGGACGGGAAACGCUGUGUGAAGAACCUCCCUGCUCACUGCCACCCACUUAACCAAACGCCAACCUAACAUCUGACUACAACUUGACCAAGACCCACAGUAGAUUCAAAAUUAUUGAUGUUGUUCAUAGGAUAAUCAGGAUUUUGUGGCAUCCACAUAUGUUCUGUGCUUUAAUUUCUGUCAUUAUAUAAUAGAGUUGGUCCUUUACACCAAAAUACGUAAUGUCUUCAGUUUAAUUAUUAGCAUUCGCUGCAUAUAAGGUUGUGCUUCCUUAACCUGGACACACUGAGACAGGAGUGUGUUCAGGGCUUUUAUAAAAGUGUAUAUUAUACAUCUUAUUGUCUAAAUUAAUCUCAGUAGAUAAAGAUGAUUGCCUGCAGAUCGAUGUAUAAACCAACACAGCAUCACGCAUAUCCUGGUGACCCAAACGAGGCAGUGUCGAAACUCUAUCCAAAUAUGAAGGACAGGCGGUGCAGCCGUUGAAACAGCACCUUAGGAUUCAAUGUUUCUUGUAACAUGUUUACAGUUAUUCUCCUGUUUGAUCGGUUUGUGACGAUGCAUCAUUGAACUGUUUCUCCCAGUGUGCGUAGCAAAUCAACACGUAUGUACCGAAGCAUACUACACACAGCCUGUGGACAUGUAGAUGUGUGAGGCAUGUAGGUAUUAAACAGUUAGUUCCAAUUAAUCAGAGCUUAUCUUUAGUUUCAAACAGGAUUAUUCCAACAUCUGUUGUUUUUUUUUUCCCCUUCCUGACCUGCCAGAUUGUAAACUUACCCCGUCAGUGAUGUAGUGGACACUAUGUGAACACAAGAACUUUAUUCAGCUUAGUGUGAGUGCAGUCUUCAAACAAUCUACCUUGAAAUUGAACCUAAACAGUUUACAGUUUGUCUUGUUUUUCAGUGUUUCUGUCCCGAGCCGUGCCCCUGGCCUCACAUCAAUCUCAUUAACGGCUUCAUGAGAAGGCAGGCGUUUUGAUGAACUAUUUUGUAUUUCUUCUUCUUUUUUUUUUAUGUUUCAUCCAUGCAAUGUUUUGUUGCAUAAUGUUUCGUCCCCUCAAUAUGUUGAUAGAAAAAGUUCUCUUAACUACAGAUACUGCAUAUCAGAUCUUUGUUUAUCAUUCUGUUGUCUUGAGAACAAACUUUUUUUUCCACUUUUGAGUCAUUUUUAGUCAAAAACCUUGUUGUUUCUUGGAUAUCCUGAAUAACACAUUCAUUUGGACUGACCUCUUCUUUUUUGUGUUCUCAUACAUAUCGUUUCAUUACAGCAAAUCAAUACUUUAAUAUAUCCAAAAUCAAUGUUUAACUCAUUUGUAAAUAAUCAUGAGUUAUUUAAAAAGAGUAUAGCAAGUUACAGUUUUUAUACAAACACCUGAAUGUGCUUUUAUUACAUUGAUUAGAUAAGCCGAUAUUUGUAUGUGUAAAGAGCUUAAACAGCGAACAGCCCAGAACACAUCAGCUCUGUACAGCUGGAUGUCUGAAACAGAGUCCAGGGCGAGCAAGUUGUGACAAAUAUCAGUUCUGAUUGUGUUUGUCAAAAAUAUCAAAUCUUUUAUUUUCCUUUCUCUCUUUUUUUUUUUUUAAGUGAUUAUCGAUUACUUAAACUGCAUAUUGUGGGUUGGUUGGAUGCGUUUCUGGCUGUUGAAUGUUCCUCUGUAUCUGCAUGCUUUCGGUAGGCAUCCAUCAUGUACGUGAUGCGCUAAAUGCUGCAUGCGAUAGAAUAUGAAACCCCCAAAACGUCACGGUGUUAGAGCGGUGCUCCGCUUCAGAUCUGCGCUUUGAGAGUCGCCCUCUGUGUUGAUGAACGUCUGGUGUUAUAACGUGUCAGAAUGUGGACAGAUUGUCUCGGCCGCCCCCUGCAGAGGAUCGUUGCUCAACACUUUAGGAGUGUCACUGUAAGCACUGAUCCAGAUUAGCCAAAUUAAAGAUAAACUUUUGCACAAAGUUACUUUUAAAUAAAUAAAAAGGGGCCAAAAUACACAUCUGUGCCCAUUUUAUUGGCACAAAUCUUUAGCUAAGGCCCUCGAAUGUACAACAUUGUUAAAGUUCAAUAUGGUUUGUGGUUUCAGACAAAUUUUAUUUGGUUCCAUCGAUAAAUCCUCGAAGAGUUUCACACCCCUUGUCUAGCCUGUUUCAAAUUAUAGUUAAAUAGCAACGACACAAAUAGUCUGAUGUUAUUACAGACUGUUGAAAUAGAGGUUAAGUCAGCAUGUACUACAGCUCAUGAAUUAAUAUAAAUACUUCAAAUAAUGCUACUUUUAAGAGUUUUUAUGGAAACGUAGCUUUAGUUCAGUCGAAGUAUGACGAAGUUUGGCUCCUGGUUCCUUCUGCCUUUACCUGACAGGAGGAGGAGGAGCAUCGACUCGUGGAUUAGACGAGUAGACCUGUGCGAGUACUCGCUCAAUAGUGUCUCACAAGUUGUGGUUAAUAUCUUUAUCGUAAAUGUUGUGUUUAUGUCACUUUCUGAGCUUUUUCUUUCAGUUGUUUUCUUUGUUGUCCCUUUUUUUUAUUAUUUCUGAAGCUUCUGCUCAAGACAUUCAGGAGUGUUUCAAAGAUCACAUUUAAAACCCCAAUCUGACCAAUAUAUAGAUAAGAAUUCAUGAGACGUUUGUAAAACUAUCCGUGUUCCGCAUGUUCUCUCUCCUCCCAUGUUCCAAACAACUUCUUAGACAACUUUUUUUUUUUUUUUUUUGCAUGUGCCAAACCUGGAGAAAACCUGAACCUGACGAUAGCAGCCUUGCACUAGCUGGAUGACUUUCUGUGGCAGCUUCUCCCUUGUACAGGCUGCUCUGUUGGCCACGUCACUUAUAGUAGCAUGCUGCCAUGAGUAUAUCAGUGCACAUCGUGUCAGUACACAUAACAAUGCCAGUCGGUCAGUUUGAUAGACAGUUUAUCGUGCACGUUACUAGAUUAACCUCUUUUCCAGUUACUGGAUCGUCUCGUCGUCAGCAGAAGUUUGUCUGAAAAA